AUGGACAGGGCUCACCAGAGUACAAAGCGUGCAAAGAGUCGCGCGACGCUCGCUUUACCACCGAGAAGUUUCACCGGGAAGGAGCGGCGAUUGGAAGGAGAGAAUGCACCUUGGCAAUGCAAACCACCCAGCUACCUCGAGCGCCUCAGCCAGUCGCAGCCACCGCCGAUGGCACGGUUGUCGCCGUCAGUGGAGGGAAGCAGGCCAGAAGAGAAGGAGCGCGGGCUGAUGAGGGGUGCUUCGCUACCGCCAGCAGAGACGAGCGUGCCAGGAGAUGACAGCGAGGUGUACGAGGCCCAAAGCAGCUUGUCAGAGCUAUCAUCACAGCAAGAGAGUGUUGAGCGCGGAAGACGCACCGCCAGAGGUCGUCGAGUGUCUGUGGAGGAUCCGUCCACCGACAGCGACUCCUGGAAGCGCCGCGGCCGCAGUCGAGGUCCACGUUCGAGACCAGUGCCUGGAAUGGGUAUCAGAGCAAGGGAUGAGGAUGCGUUCGUCGGAGUGGCUGAGCGAGCCGAUGAGGAGAGCUCCACGACAGCAGAAAGCGAUGGAGAGCAAGUCAAGGUGACAGCAUCAAGUCGUUCCGCCGGUUGGAUACCAGCAGAAGAUCCGGAGAGUGAGAAGUAG